CCCGCAUCUGUCGGCGCCACACCCGCGAUACCCUCCCGAGCCGAGGGCCUUCGUGCUGCGUGGAGCCUGCUGACUGGACUCGCUUUCAACCUUGUCGACCUUUGUCCCCUCAGGACGAACAAGUCUGGAAGGCCUCCACCAUGCCCACGUUCAAAGAAGACCCCAUCCCCCUCCACAAUCGCGCAAAGCAACUCGCCCGCGACUGCGUCUCCAGCCAGCGAGUCUGGAGUCUACUCAUAAUGUCCGUGGGCACGGCAAUCGUGUACACCACCAUGGCGCAAGCAGACAAGCAAGGCCUGCUCAACAGUCUGCAAAUCGGGACUCUCAUGCUCGGCAGCGCGAUCGUCAUCAGCGGCAUCGCGCUCAUGAUGUUCGCGCAGAAACGCAUCGGCCUGCCGAAAUGGUGGCUUUUGUGCCGGGCGAUUGGAUUUGGGGGCGGGGCGCAGGGGAUCGCUACGUGGAUUCUGGGCACUGAGCAUUCUAUGCAUAUUAUGGGGUGUAUUCCUAUUGGCUGGACCGCGUCGUAUGUGAUUCAUACGCUUAUGACGUGGCGUGUUGAGCAUGAGACGGGGAAGGUUCUGAAUGAGGAAGGGGAGGAGAUGCUUGGAGCGGGCUGAUUCUGAGGUGGAAAGCUGCUGGACUUCGAAUCUACUGCAAAGUGCAGAACACGGCUCAUAGCCCGCAUGCCGUGGUCCGGCCGACGACCUGGCUUAUGCUCCGCCGGACUCCCUUGCCCUACGCUGGAUAUCAGGCCUGCAUGAGAGCUCGAUAUUGGACUCCUAGGCGACCACGGACUGGUGUCCCUCUCGCCAUC